AUGGCCAGCCCAAUGAUCAACGGCCCGUGGCAGCCGAGCAACACGACCACUCCGGGCUAUGUCGAAGGCGAAGUCAGCUGGGGGCCAGAGCCGCCCAGCUGGCGCAGUAUAUCAAACUCGGUCAUCGGCAUCGCUGCGGUGGUCUUCCUUGCCAACGUGCUCGUGUCUGGCAAGAACUCACUGCUCCUCAAGCCCAUCCAGAGACGCAUCAAGGCGUGGUCCUAUCUCCUCGACGGCCCUGCCAUGAUUCAUGACGGAUACAAAAAGGCCAACGGCAAGACGUUCGACGUGAUCACGCCGGGCGAGCGCAUCGUCUUUGUGUCUGGCCACAAGGCCGUCAAGGAGCUCGAGUCGCAACCCGAGACGGCGCUGUCGCUGUACGCGGCGUCGAGAAAGAUCCUCAUGCCCAAGUAUACCAUGCACGGACUGCACAUCCAGGACAGCCGUGGUGCCGCGGGCGCCGGCUUCUCCCGCGCCGUCCGCGUGCUGCUGACCAACAACCUGCCGCGCGUGCUGCCGUACCUGGGCGACGCGAUCCGUACCCGCAUCGCCGAGAUCCGGGCCGAGGGCCACGUUGUUGACGGUGUCAAGCAGACGGACCUGUACCCCAUGUUCCUGCAGCUCACGAGCUUGUCGACCGGCACGUCUAUUUUCGGCAAGGAGCUAGCGAGCAACGCCGCGUUCAUGAAGGACGCCUUCAACUACAUCGAGUCGGUGGUCAUGGGCGCCGAGAUGGUCCGCCUGUCGCCCAAGUGGCUCGAGCCAAUCAUGGGCCGCUUCGUCACGCACAAGAUUAAGACGCCCGAGAUCCUAUUCAACCUGCUGUACCCCAUAGCCGAGGAGCGGCUGCGCGAGCGCGAGCGCGAGCGGGCCAGCCUGGGCGAGGAGGUUCCGAAACAUGCCGACAUGAUCUCGUGGAUCCUCGAGACGGCGCCGGCCGACGUCGAGUGGACGUCGCAGCGCAUCGUGCAGGAGGUCAUGGCGGUGUGGUUCGGGUCGAUCCACUCGACGGCCUUUAUCGCCACAACCGCCAUCUACGAUCUGUGCCUGCACCCCGAGUACCUCGCGCCGCUGCGCGCCGAGCUGGCACGAGGGGGCUACGCCGAGUUCGAGCGCAACCCCACGCAGGGCCUGCCGCUGAUGGACAGCUUUCUCAAGGAGUCUGCGCGCGUGACGCCGGUGGACUACCUGAGCACGCGCCGCGAGGUCAUGGCGCCGUUCGCGCUGGCCGACGGCACGCGCCUGCACAAGGGCGACUGGCUGUGCACGCCGGCGGCGAGCAUCGGGCUCGACGCGGCCUACUUCCCCGAGCCGACCAAGUUCGACGGGUUCCGCUUCGCGCCGCGCGAGCUCGUCGCGUCGCUGGCUGCCGACGGCACCGUUUCCGAGGGAACGCGCAUGCCCAAGGCGUCCAAGAUCGUCGACGUCGACCCCUCGUGGCUGCUGUUUGGCACGGGCAAGCUGUCUUGCCCCGGGCGGUUCCUUGCCACGGCGACCAUCAAGUCGAUUGUGGCCAACGUCAUCGCCAACUACGACAUCGAGCUCGUCGAUGCGGCGGCGCCGCGCCAGUGGUCGUGGCGGUCGACGGCCGUGUGCCGCGAGGACGUCAAGGUAGUGCUGACGCCGCGGGCCAACUAA